UAGGAACGGUUAGGUGUAGGUUAAAGGUCGAGCGGAAAUUCGCUAAGCUUCCGGCCGCCGGCUGGGGAAAGAGUUAUGGCUAAACAUCAUCCAGACUUGAUUUUCUGCCGUAAGCAGGCUGGUGUCGCUAUCGGAAGAUUGUGUGAAAAAUGCGAUGGCAAGUGUGUGAUUUGUGAUUCCUACGUGCGACCCUGCACCCUGGUUCGCAUAUGUGACGAGUGUAACUAUGGGUCUUACCAGGGCCGGUGUGUGAUCUGUGGAGGUCCCGGAGUCUCGGAUGCCUACUACUGUAAAGAGUGCACCAUCCAGGAGAAGGAUAGAGACGGUUGCCCCAAGAUUGUCAAUUUGGGGAGCUCUAAGACAGACCUGUUCUAUGAACGCAAAAAAUACGGCUUCAAGAAGAGGUGAUGGGUAGGCGGCUCGUUCCUCCCCCAUCAAGCUGCUGCAGCUACCAGAAAAGACGCCUACUACCACCAGCAGAAGGGACCAGAGCCAGUGUGUUGCCAGAACAGCCUGCUAGAGCUAAUGUCCUGCCGCCUCCCACCCCCCACCCCUGUCUUUCCCUCACGGUGCUGGUGGGAUGGAAGAGAGCUCUUCACAGAGCACUCUAGCAGACUGUAGUUUGUUUUGUUCUAGUUGGAGAAGCAAGGCUCUGCUCUCUAUACUGAUUCUCUCCACACGAGUCUUCCGUCUGCGCCCUUGACAACGAAGCCACCACAGGCGAAAGCAUGGCCUUGCAGCAGCUAUGCUGGUGGUGGUCUUCCAUGACCCUCGGUGUGGCCGGGGUCCAUCACAGUAGUGAUGUGACACUUCCCAGGUGGCGCUGGUUCGUGUUAUUUUCCUCUUACAAAUUGGAAGGUCUGUUGUUCUAAUAAAGGUGGUAUUUUCUGGUA